UAUAUACAAGUUAUUUAAUCGACAACGAAUUAAAAUAUAGACGAUAUAUCGAUUCUUAACAAGAUAAUUCAUUAAAAAACAGAAGUCGAAUUCUCAAUUGAAUUUUCGAUAUAGAAUUUUUCUUUUUAAUAAAAUCUACGUUGGAAUUAAAUCUUUGAUUAGAUUUGAAAAAUUUUCAUUAAAAAAUUCUAGUCAAAUAAAUAAAAUCUUAGUUGAAUUAAUCGACAUAGAAUUUAUUUAUUAGACUCUUCUCUUUUAUAUAAUAUAAAACAAAUAAGAAUUUUUAUUUGUCUACAAUUAAAUAAAUACAUAAGAACCAUUUUUAUAUUUCGACGAAUUUUAUUUAACUUAAUUGAAUAUAUUAUUCAACAUCAUAUUGACAUAUAAUAAUAUAAAAUUUAUUUAUUUAUUCAAACAUUUGUUUUUCUCUCAUAUUAUGUAAAUAUAUGACAUAAAUAAAUAUUUAGUAAAAUAGUUGUUAGUUGACCUAUUCAAAUAAACAAGUAAUUAACAUAUUAAAUAAAUUAAUAAAAUAAUACUAUUAUUUAUAAAAUUCAUUAAAUCUAAUUGAAUUGAAAUUAUAUAAAUCAUAUUGAAAUUCUUUUCUUCUAUUUUUCUUUAAAUAAAUAAAUUCUAGGUGCAAAUAAUACAGUACAGACGGUUCGAACUCGAACUGAAGAUGGUAAACUUUUAACAACUAUUUCAACAAUAUCAAAAAUAAAUAAUUCAAAUGAUAAUCAAGAUAAUAUUCUUAUUAAAAGAAAUGAAAAAAAUCUUUUUUUUGAUCAAUCAACAAAUAAUUCUAUUAAACGAACAUUUUUCGAUGAUUCAAAUUCAAAUUGUUUAACAAAAAAAAUUUUACAAAUUGAAAAAGAUCGACAAAAAAUUGAAGAAUAUUGGCUUUUUCUUUUUUUUUUGAUUAUUUUAUAUUUGACAUUUAUUAACAAAUAA